AUGCGCUCCCCUCUGCUACAGACAUCGCUGCGACAGCGCCUGCUAGUGUCGCGACGCAACCCCCGGCCUCAGUUCAGAGCAAACUCGUCCUCAUCGCAGCCCAAACCUUCCGCCGGGGCAGCAGAUCCUCCCAGUACAAGCACAAACAGCGCAAGCGCUGCCGCUACCGAGGCAGCAGCAAAGAAUGCCGCUCCCACCUCGAUAUGGAUGCGCCUGGGACCUCUCACCCAGGUUGCGACGGCGUUUGGCCGGGCCCAGCAGAAGCGGCCAUACGUUGUCCAGACCCUGAGCGCCAUGGUCAUCUUCAUAGCCGCCGACGUCAGCGCUCAGAACAUUAGCGGCUCGGAGUACGACCCCGUCCGGACGACGCGGACCACCUUUAUCGGUGCCCUCUUCGCCAUCCCACAGUACCGCUGGUUCCAUGUGCUGGCCCGUUACUUCAACUACAAGUCCAAGGCCUUGUCCAUCGCCGCCAAGGUCGCCUUCAACCAGGUCACCUUUGCAGUCGCCUUCCCCACGUACUUUUUCGGCAUGCAGGCACUGCUGUCCGGCGAGAGCCUGUCGGGCACCCUCAGACGCCUCCAGGACACCGUCCCGCGCAGUUGGCAAAACUCUUGGAAGGUCUGGCCGGCCGCCAUGGCCUUUAAUCUUUCCUUUGUUCCUCUCGAGUACCGGGCGCUCUUCAGCGGCAUGAUUGCAAUCGGCUGGCAGACAUAUUUGAGCUGGAUGAAUCGCCAGGCAGAGCUCAAAGAGAAGGCUGAAGUCCAAGUGGCGGAGGGGGAUAAAAUACAGGCGUUGCCUAUUCAGGCUGCUGUGGCGGUCUAG